CUGGAGCCAAGAUACUAUAAUUAUUCGUUGUGUUAUGACCAAUAUCAUUAGCAAAAAAGAAGACAAAGUACAAAGUAUUGAAUAUGAGGCUGUGACAAUUGUAGACGUUGAUCGAUUUAUUUUUAAGUGGCAUGUGUCUAAUGUAGGAUGCUUCGACUGGUCCGAAAACAUAUCCAAUCCAAAUUCGAUAUUGCCAAACUUGAAAAUCGACUUGAUUGCCGCAGCUGAUGAAGCAGUGAAAAUAAGAAUUCAAAUGUUAGACGAAUCAUCACAGGAUGAAACAGUAUUGUUUAGAAUGAAAUUUUUAAGCGCAUCUGGCAUUAAACUAGCUUCUAUGUGUGAAUUACAUUUGUUUGAUUCUACCGAACCUUGGGUGCUUCCUACAUUGAUUAGCAUAAAGAACUUGUCCACAGGAAAUUCUUGUCCUCCUUCCUACAAUUAUACAUUCAUUUCUGAAUGCAUUAUUUCCAAGAAAACUGCUAGCUGGUCAAAAAUUGAAAAUCUCUCAACCAGCUCGAUUGUUAAGAAAGAAUCGACAAGUUUUUCCUCGUCGUUACAACAUGAUUUUCGUGAACUGUUCAUGAACAAAAAACAUUCGGACGUGAAACUGAGGGUAAACAACAUAGAUUUUCUAGCCCAUAAAGUCGUUCUAGCCACUCGAUCUCCUGUAUUUUCCGCGAUGUUUGAUCAAGACAUGCUUGAAAAUCAAUCUGGAAUUGUGCAAAUCAAGGAUUUAAAUGAAAAAACCUUGCAAAACCUGCUAAAAUUUAUGUACACCGAUGUUGUAAAUGAAAUGGACUGCGAAGGUACUUUAAAUAUUUUACUUGCCGCCGAUAAAUAUCAAGUAUCGAAUCUAAAAGAUAAAUGCACAUCGAAAAUUUUGUCCCUGCUUUCAGAAGAAAAUGUUUGUGAAGUGAUAAUAUUGGCAGAUAUGAUUAAUCAUGAAAGUUUGAAGACCUUCGCAUUAAAUUUUAUUUUGGAAAAUGCUUCGAAAAUUUUAUCUGCUCCAAAUUGGUGUUUAUGGGUCGAAGAAAAUAUGAAAUUAGCGACAGAAAUAUUGGUCAAGCUUUCUAAAUAUUUAAAACAUGAUAACAACGAUUAAUCUUACUGUUGGCAGAAGAAGAAAAAUUCCUGCUGUUAUGGAGCAAUUGUAGGAAACAAAUUUACUCUUGUAUGCGCAGAAAUAAUACCUGUUGUGUUGAAUUGUUUUAACAUUUAGCAUUAUAUUUAUUAUGAAAUCAUACAAUUAUAUUAUUUGGUAUAGUAUAAUUGUAUAAAUUUAUCAUAAUUAUAAAUUUUUUACUUCUCUCUUUCAUGGAAAUAUUACUUUGAUUAUUUAAACAUAUAAUAAAAAUUUUUAAUAAUA